AUGGUCACUCUCGCACGCCACCCUGGCCUAGACGGCGAGGGCGAGAACGUCAACAAUCAUUCAUCGUCUGCCGGACCAUCAUCUGCCAGACCCUCCCAGCGCUGGGUCAGAGAAGGACCAUUUCGAUUCCUCGACCUCCCCAAAGAACUCCGCCUGAAAGUCUACGAGUACAUUCCCGAAGUCUCGAAGCAACCCCUCCCUUUCAACCUCAAGCAAGAGCGCGACGAUGAGAUAUACUGGCGAAAAUGGACAGUCAAUCCCGCGAUUCUCUCUACAAGCAAGAUGAUCAACGACGAAGCUUCAGCCAUUCUCCGACCAACUGUGAACAAAUUUCGGGCCGAGGACAUGAUCCUCGAAGUCUAUGUUAAUUCCGCCCCAGAACACGAACUCCACGUCCUCAGCAAUCCCAAUGAACCUCUUGUCUUGGUCAACAUUGCUCCGGUCGUUUACAAUGCCCUCUAUUCUGCCUCCCCCUAUUGGCCUUCCGGGGGCUAUUUCCUUGCAUGGGGCCAGAGACACACUACGUAUUUUGGAGGCUAUCAAUUUACCCAAUUGCUUAACAAUGAAGCAGACAGGUUAGAGGCAGAGCGGCUUCUAAAUCGCAUGGUGAGGCGCAAAAAGUUAGAGACACACCUCCUCUACGACUCCAACGUCUGCUCCGUCUCGAGCAUAAGUCUCGCGAUCCUCCAGGUCGUUUCAUUGGCUACCCUUCCACCCUUCACGACAAAUAUAAGACUCAGCAUCAAAGUGGCUGAGAGAGGGAUAGGAGAGCUGCUGUCUCCGGCACAAUUUGCCGAGAAGCACAGGAACAGGAUCCCUCUGGAGUACUUCAACAUGCUCACUAGGGUGUCAACGCCACCCCGCCAGAUCGUCGAGCUUAUCGAAAACAUCUUCCAGCAUCUCCCGUUCACCGACGUCAUCUCAGCCAAGCGCGUAUGCAAGCACUGGCGCGACAUCAUCGACGACAGCUUCCCCAUCCAACAACAACUGUUCUUCGCUCCACUCACCAAAGCCCCAACACUGCGAGUCCCCGGCUUCCUGCUUCCCAAAUCGGCCGCUUACCUCAAUGAUGCUGUCUACUGA